AGCACUGCGGCGGCGGCCCCCGUCCAGGGGCUGUACAUGUAUGGCGGCGUGGGGGUGGGCAAGACUAUGCUCAUGGACCUGCUGGCACAGACGGCCCCCCCAAACUUCAACCUGGAGCGCACACACUUCCACGACUUCAUGAUCGGGGUGCACCAGAAGCUCAGGCACUUUGCCAGCGUGGCAGACCCUCUGGCGCAUGUUGCCGACGGCAUAGCAGACAGGAUCUCGGUGCUGUGCCUGGACGAGCUGUUUGUGACCGACGUGGCCGACGCGAUGAUCCUGCACCGCCUGUUUGGAAGGCUGUGGGAUCGCGGCCUGGUGCUGGUGGCCACCUCCAACCGCCACCCAGACGCGCUGUACGAGGGCGGCCUGCAACGCUCCCUCUUCCUGCCCUUCAUACAGCGGCUCAAGGAGGCGUGCGCUGUGCACGACAUGAACAGCCGCACCGACUACCGCAAGCUGGCGCACCACAGCCGCGGCCUCUACUUUGUCACGCCCACGCGGGAGGAGGACCUGUAUGAGCGCUUCAUGGAGCUGGUCAACGGCCAGCCGGUGCGCCCCGCCUGGGUGGAUGUGGCCAUGGGGCGCCAGCUGGAGAUGCCGCGCACCGGCGGCUGCGCCACGCUCUUCACCUUUGACGAGCUGUGCAACCGGCCGCUGGGGGCAGCCGACUACAUCGCCCUGGCCAACGCCAAGCACACGGUGGCGCUGAGCGGCGUGCCCGUCUUCACCGCCGCCAACCGCCAGACCGCGUACCGCUUUGUGACGCUGGUGGAUGUGCUGUACGAGCACAGGGUGCGCUUCCUGUGCUCCGCCGAGGCCAUGCCCUUCGAGCUGUUUGAGAACGUGAAGACGCAGCAGGAGGCGCGGGCAGCCCCUCCCUCUCCCUCCGAGGUGGUGGAUGACAACCUCGGGUUUGCCAAGGACCGAACCAUCAGCCGCCUGACGGAGAUGCAGGUUGGGCGCUGGCUGGGGCAGCACGCCUGUUUGUGCGUCGGGUUUGGUUGGCAGGGGCACAGUCGAGUCGCCUGCCGGCUGUUUUGGCACCCAUGCAAGGAUGUCGCUGCAUGCGUCACAUGCCGCCACCACCUGCAGAGCGAGGAGUACCUUCGGGCGCAUGCCAAGGCCCACGCCCCCGAGCUGCUGCUAGCGAUGAACGAAAACAAGGCGGCGGCGGCAGCAGCAGGAGGGUCGCGGCGAUGA